AAUUGAAAAUAGUGAAGAUAAAAGAACAAAAGAAGUUGAUGAUCUGUUCAAAAUGAUUAAACCAGAAAUUGAAGCUAAAAAUGAAUUAUCACCAUCUAAUAAAAUCAAUAUUACCAAAGAAAACCUAUACUAA